AUGGAUGGGGGAGUCACCGUGGAGAAUCCCUAUGCCAGCGUCAACAUCCCACGGGAGCAGUUCCAGCAGAGCUUCAUCACUCGCUACCUGAGAGACGAGCCCACCAUCAUCGCCAACCCCGCGGCUGUGCCCUCCUACGGCACCGAGGGGCACACAGAGCUUGCCAACGGCUGGAACAGCCCAACCAUCUCCACAGACAAGUCCUGGUCCCGUCCCUACAACCCCUACGCCAGCCUGAGGGCGCCCAAUGGGGACUCAUCUGCCUCCUUCUACACUGUGACCCUGAACAAGCCACCCAAGGGCCAGGAGCAGGAGGCUGGCAGGAGAUGUGGCUGCUGCAGGUGCUGCUCCUGCUGCCCAAAGUGCUGCUGUGUCAUCUCCUAA